UGACUCUCCCGUACCCACAAUGCACUGCGAAGGAGCAUGGUUGACUUUCUGCUGGGAGCGUCAGUCCUUUGAGAAUGAAUGUACCGUGUCCGCGCUAGAGCUGCCGAGAUUUUCCUGAAGCUUCACGCGUCCAAAGCCCCGGAGUGACCGUGUGCGUCACUAAUAGCAUGCCGCAGUAAUUACACCGAGUGGAAUCGGGAAACAUCGUUAAAUUCCGCAGCACCCUCUGGUGGUAGACCAAAGCCAAGAUGGCAGGAGUCGGGGCCAAGCGUGAGGGACCACAGUUCAUCAGCGAAGUGGCCGUGAGGGGCAACGCCGCCGUGCUGGACUACUGCCGCACCUCCGUGUCAGCUCUGUCGGGAGCGACGGCCGGCAUCCUCGGCCUGACGGGACUGUACGGCUUCGUUUUCUAUUUCCUCUCCUCCUUCCUGCUCUCCCUGCUGCUCAUCCUCAAGGCUGGCCGGCGGUGGAAAAAGUGCUUUAAGUCGCGGCGGCUGCUCUUCACCGGAGGCCUUGUCGGGGGUCUUUUCACCUACGUCCUGUUCUGGACUUUCCUGUAUGGAAUGGUGCACGUAUACUGAGAUGACCCCUCCCCCUCCCCCCCACACACACACAAUUAACCCUGAAACGUUUCCUUCUGAAUCAUUAGGUUUGUCUGGCCUGCUGUUUGUAGCUCUCCCCUAUAUAAUGAAAGACUUUCUCUUGUGAGUAGACAGUUUAAUGCAGGAUGUUCCGGUUUUACUGUAGGUAAGCUUAUCCUUUCUCACUACAUCCACCACUAACUGUGGACCUAUUUAGCCUGUAACACCUGCUCUGUGCUUAGCCAGGGUAAUGGCCACAAUUCAUAGUUUAGGUUUACUUGUAAAAUCCUAAUAAAACCAGAUUUUAUGGAAAACAUGUUGAAUAUUGCAUCUGUGAUUUGAAUAAACACAUCUAUACAGGUUG